AUGCGUCGAUCAUUACGAGGAUCAGCAAGUAGAGUGUUGAUGAGGUUAGGACCCAAUGCAUCAGUAGAUGAAAUAUUGUACAAGCUGGAUAGCAUCUAUGGUUUAGUUGAGGAGAAAGAGUCUUUGCUGGCAAAUUUUUACAGUGCCAAACAGCAGGAAAAUGAAGAUGUAUCUGCCUGGGGAUGCAGGUUAGAAGACUUGUUAUCAAAAGCUCUCAUACAAGGACUAGUGAAUCCAGAUGAUGAGAAUGAUAUGUUGAGAAACAUGUUUUGGUCAGGGAUGAGAACCAGUUUAAAGGACAUAUCCGGUCAUCUCUAUGAUAAGUACCCAGAAUUUGAUGAUUUAAGGAGAGCUAUGAGGAUAUUGGAGCAAGACAGAGAGAAAAGGAAAAGUGAGUCAGACAAACAAAAUAAACCUAUACCAGCGAAAAGAACAAAUGUGGAAAAGAAAUCAAAUGAAACUGAGGAAUUGAUUACCACUGUGAACAGAUUAUCUACAGAAUUAGAAGCGUUAAAAAGAGAAAGAGCAAAUGAUCAACAUCAGAGUAGAAGUAUAGUACGAGGAAAUUACACACCAAGAUACAGAGGCCCUCACAGAUUCAGAAGGCCAAUGUAUAACAGAUUCCAGUAUCAACAGACACCUUUGACACCAGAAUUUGUAAACCAAAAUACAGCUUAUAGACCACAAGGAGAAACACCAGUAUGCUGGAAAUGUGGUCAGCAGGGCCAUUUACAGAUAGGAUGCAGAGUCAGAGGUGAUUAUAUGAAGAGGGGAUAUUUAAACGCAUAUCGACCUUCGCCAAGGGGCAAACGAUAG